UAUAUAACACGGAUACUUCACUUUGUUGCCGUAUCGCGUAUCGGAUACGUAUCCGAUACCGAUACGCGACGGAUACGCGACGGAUACGUAUCCUGGGCGUAUCCGCGGGAUGGGCCGUAUUGGGCCGGGAAACCUCAGAUUCGAUACGUAUCUCGGUGGAUACGGCCCAGUUUAAAGCCCAUCUAAAGGAGCCGGCCCGAUAGAAUUAACGGGCUGGACCAAAAAGCCCAUUUGUGAUGUAGCCCAUUGCAGCUGGAUGAACAAAUCUAGCUCUAUAAAUAAUGAUGCUCUAUACAAUAUAAGAUUCCACACAAUUGAGAAAGCCGCAGCUAGGUCAAAAACUCCCCGCCUCCAUAGAUUCGCAGUAUGGCAUCUCCAAAUCUGAGUGCUACUGCUGCUAGUUCUAGUGCUAGUUCUGCUGCUAGUUCUAGUGUUGGAUCUGGGUCCAGACAAAUAACUGAUAUCAGGGCUCCAUUGUGGGAUCAUGUCACCAUUCUAGAGAAGCCUAAACCUGGUGGAGGAAAUAUAUUAUGGAGAUGCAACUAUUGUCCAUUUUCAAAAAGCACUAGCUAUACAAGAGUUGAAGCUCAUUUGCUGCAAAAAUUAAGACAGGGGAUUAAGACAUGUCCAAAUGUUUCAUUUGAAAUGCUGAGUGACAUGAGGAGGGAAGUGGAAAAGUGUAAGGAGCUAUUGGAAAGAUCAAAGGCAUGCACUGUUUCUUUGCCUGUAGCUCCUUCAGACAACAGCAAAUAUCACAAAUGAGGAUGACUUGCUUCAAGAAAUUCUUUCGCAUACCGCAAGAGUUGGCUGCAGUGAAGGAAGAAUAUGCAAGGUUUUCUAGUUGUUCAGAAGAAUUCAAUGACCCUGAUUCUAUACAUGAUAGAUGGGCUGUUUCCCCAAUGACAUGGUGGACAAAUCAUGGACAAUCUAUCCCUCUUUUGAUGAGUUUGGCCAUGAAACUGCUCAGCCAACCGGCCUCUUCUUCUUGCUGUGAAAGAAAUUGGAGCACAUAUAGCUUCAUCCAUAGUGUCAAGAGAAAUGCCUUAACUCCUGAGCGGGCUGAAGAUUUGGUCUUUGUGCACUCAAAUCUGAGACAUUUGUCAAGAAGAACUGAUGCAUACAAGAAAGGAGAGACAAGGAUGUGGGAUGUUGGGGGAGAUUCUUUUGAUUCCCUUAGUGGUGUUGGUCUUCUUGAAGUUGCUGACCUCUCCAUUGAUGAACCUGAGUUGCAGGCUGUAUCAUUUGGAUUGGGUGAUGCCGAGGAUGAAGGUGUGGAGCUGGAGGAGACGGGGAAUGAGGAAGAAGCUUGAUGUUGAUGGCUUGAUGCUAGUUUGCUACUACCUUUUAAUUAUUUCCUAAUUUAGAACCUGCUGCUAUCAUGUUAUUUUGAGUGUAAUAUACCUUUAAUGUCUCUAUGUUGAAUUAGAAUAUCUAUUUUGUAAUUUAUUUUGCACUAUUAUUAUUUAUUAAAAAAAAUAGUUAAAACGUA